GCGUACUGCAUGUUUGGCAUGACCGCAAAAAAAAUAAUGCUCCCUUUUCCAUUGUUUGGAAGAAAAUAAAGUGCUUAAUACUCAUUUACUCAAACAAGUACAAUGUGUAUAUGAACAAAUAAUUAGUUAAAGUGUGCCUCUGCUAAAGAGCAAUAUGAAAUCAUUCGUCAUGCAAGUCGUAACGUUGCUAGUGCGCCUAUAAUAACGCUGAGACAAAAGCAAAAGAUUUCGCGCCGAAAAGGAGGACGGCAAAAAACACGCAUUGCUCGGCGAAAAACUAACGAAAACCGACUCUAAAUGGACUCUGAUGCGGCGAAAAUGUGUGCCAAUUAAAAGCGAUUGCGUGCGGUUGUAAUAGUGAUCCGUGGAAAGCGUACCGCCAUCAGUACCGCCCUCUCCCUUUGCCCCCGCCCCCGUCCCCCUUGCCAACAACACAAACACAAUGGCCCCAGCGAAAAAACGCGAAAAAGACAAUAAUCCGGAGGGAUCUGCCGCAAAUGGCAUAAAUGGCCUCACCCAUGGAGCACCGGACGCGGGUAAUGCUGGUUCUACUGUACCGCCGACGACCGAGGGCCAGGUCAAACUCAAUGGCCACCAGCAGGAGCAGGAACUCUUUUUGCAGGCCUUUGAGAAGCCCACGCAGAUUUAUCGCUACCUGCGCAAUCGACACGAGACAAACCCCAUUUUCCUCAACCGCACGCUCAGCUACAUGAAGGAGCGGAUGUCACGGAACAACAAGAAACGGGCCAGCUUCCAGGUAAACUCGAUGUUGGAGAGCAUAACACAGAAGUCGGAGGCGGUGAGCCAAAACUACCUGCACGUCAUCUACGAUUCGCUGCACGAGAAAUUGCCGGCGAGGAUGGACAGCGAGUCUGGCGAGGAUUUGCUGCAGGAACAGCUGCUCUGCGAAGCGGGCGAAUCUGUGAGUGUGGAGACAACGCUAUACAAGAUCACACGCAGCAAGCGAAAGGACAGCACUCUGGACUUUCAGGAGCUGCUCAGCAAAUGCUCGCAGAUCGUGUACAACCCAAAGGAUCGUGUGGGAGAGCAUGCCACCAUUAGCAUUCCUCUCCAGACAAUGCGUCCCAUGGGAGAGCAGCACACACUGUACAAGCUGCUCUUUCGCAUCAAGGUGCUGGCACCGAGUAAAUGCAACGACGAGAACGCAGAAACUCCCCCCAACAAGCGGUCGCGUCGUAAUGAGAAAAUGUUCGGGUCAGAGCUCAUAUUGUACGAGAAAUCCAGCGGAUUCAUAACCGAAGGCGAGUACGAGGCCAUGCUGCAGCCUCUAAAUUCCACUAGCAUCAAGUCCUUCUCACCAAAGAAAUGCACCUGGGAAACGAUGCCCGAUAGCUACAUUCCACUUUCGCUGACCUACGAUGUCUACCAGCAGAGUCCCAUGCUCAAGUUCCAUCUGACGCUAUCCAAUGAGCAGCUUCCCGAGAUGAUUUCGGCUCCGGAGCUGCAGCGUUAUGUCCAGCAUCUGGAUGCGGUGGCCGAGAUGAACUACAACAACAACAACUACAAUAACAACAAUAACUGCAGUGGACUGAAGAGUGGUGGGGGAGGCAGCGCGUUGUGCAAGACCACACCAGAGCAUACUCAAAUCGUGUACAACUUCAUGUACAGCAAUAACACCCGCCAGCAGACGGAGUACACUCAGGAGCUCAACUGUCCGUGGUGCGGUUUGGACUGCCUGCGUCUGUAUGCCCUGCUGAAGCAUCUAAAGCUGUGCCACGCCCGCUUUAACUUCACAUACCAGCCGGCUGGAAGUGGAGCUCGCAUAGAUGUUACCAUCAAUGAUGCCUACGAUGGCUCGUACGCUGGAUCGCCCUAUGACUUGGCCGGACCAUCUGGCUCCUCGUUUGCCCGUACCUGCGGCCCCGUGCGACGCACUUCGGUCACAAGUUUGAUGGUGUGCCGGCCCAGGCGGCAGAAGACUUGUCUAGACGAGUUCCUCGAGCUGGACGAGGACGAGAUAAGCAACCAGCGAUCGUACAUUACUGGUCACAACAGACUCUACCACCAUACGGAGACUUGUCUUCCCGUGCAUCCCAAAGAGCUGGACAUCGACUCCGAGGGCGAGAGCGAUCCGCUGUGGCUGCGCCAAAAGACUAUCCAGAUGAUCGACGAGUUUUCCGACGUAAACGAGGGUGAAAAGGAGUUGAUGAAGCUGUGGAACCUGCACGUGAUGCGUCACGGAUUUGUAGGUGACUGCCAGCUGCCGAUCGCCUGCGAGAUGUUCCUCGACGCCAAAGGCACUGAGAUUGUGCGCAAGAAUCUCUACAGGAACUUCAUCCUGCAUAUGUGUUCGCUCUUCGACUACGGACUGAUUGCAGCCGAGACGGUCUACAAGACGGUACAGAAGCUUCAGGGUCUACUCAGCAAGUACGCCGCCGGUCAGGAGCUGAUGCAGCGGCAGCGCGAGGAGCAACUUAAGUACUGGUUAGACGUGGGCAUGCAUAAGAAGCAGGAAGAUCCCAAGACACUCAAGUCACCCCAAAAACCAGCACCGCCCGCAGAUCAAGCAUCUACCUCCUCCGCAUCCACCUCCGGAAGUGGUGCGGUGUCCAGCUCAAUGCAGCCACCCAAGCGAAUGCCGGCUCAUCUGAAACGAGGCAGUGCAGCGGCCGCCCCGGGAGUCCAGGGUAAGGCCACUGAAAAUGGCACCAACGGCAGCGGCAACAACAGCAAGAACGUGGCCAAGAAGAGCGCCGACCAGCCACUAAGCACCCUGGCCAACAGUAGGGAACGACGCUCCGAGCAUGGCCAGAAACGCAAUGUCAGCGGAUCGCGGCUGGCGGUCACACCCCCCUUGAAGCGCAAGCUGAGCUCCAAAGAUAAUACAGUGCUUACCAAGCGGCAGCGCUACAGUGACGGAAGUGCCGCUGCAGGGAGCGGAAAUGGACACGGAGGCGGAAGUGGAGCCAACCGCAACAAAAGCAAUAACCAUUCACUGCCAGCAACCAGUAACAACACCAGUAGCAGCAGCGGCAACACCAAGCGCCCAAUUGCCCGGCGUCGCUCCACAUCAGAAAGGACCAAAACGAGCGGAUCGGCGGGAGGAGGAGCUGGUGGCGUCCGCACCAGGCUAUCGGUGCCGGCCAAGUACGAAAGGCGCUGACGCAGGCGCCGCCGCUGCUGCUGCUGCUGCUCCAGCUCCUCAUCUUCCUCCUCAUCGUCCACCUCCUCCUCAAUCAUCGCCUCCCGUUGACCACAUGCAUCGCAGGGCUUAGUUUGUUUAAGUUGUAGACGCAAUGCCAGGCCAGGCAGUUUUGCAAACCCUAACUUUAUUGCUAUAUUCUAUUAUGUUGUGUUAUAUUUUAACCGAUUUACCAUGUUGGACAUUUGUUAAGACUUGUGUCGAAUUUGAAAUUGACCUCAAAAUCGUUCAUUUGGUUCGUUGCUACCAGUUCUACACCAUUAUUGUAAUCUAAAAUCAAAUAUACAUUAACUCUAAUUUGGCCGUUACUUAAACAUAACAUAACAAAUCUACAGGGCUAAUGGAAAACCAACCAAAUUCAAAACUGAUUUGAAUUAGCUUGCUUACACUUCACAUCUGGUUUGGAUUGUGUAAAUUAACCUUUUGUGGCGAAACAAUGAGACAAUUUUAUCAUAUGUAAUUAGUGCAGAGUGUAUACAAAUAUAUAUUUACAGCAAUAAGUAAAACUAUUUUUAAAGUAAAAUUCAUACAAGAAAAACAGCUCCAACAGCUUCAAAAUCCAGCAAGUACACUAUCACUAGAGCAUACGACUACAUUUAUAUAUACAUAUAUGUACAUGCAUAAAUAAAAAUUCACUUCAAGCACACGCAAAGGUAAUAU